AUGUCCUCCUUCCAGCCGCACCAGCCCCCAGACCACCAUCCACUGCGCUCCCCCUAUCGCAGCCAUCUCAACCCCUCAACCGCCAGCCUCAACCCCAGCCCGCCCCCGCCCCAGCAGAAAUCCUCACGGCUGCCCCCGAACGCACAGACGAUCGACUUCGACGAGGGCGUGCUCAGAACGCUGUGUGGGCUCGAAUGCGGCUUCCCGCUCGUGAUCGACAGACUCAAGCAGGCUGUCGGAACCAGCAGGGAGGUCGGCCUCUUCCUCAAGAAGAAAUCCCAGCUCGAGGAGGAGUACGGCAUCAAGCUCGCCAAACUGGCCAAGGAGAGACUCGACGCUUAUACCCAUCUCGGCGGCGAAGUCAAGGCGGGCAGCUUUGCCCGACAGUACUGCAACUUCCUGGCCACCCACGAACGAAUCGCAAUCGAACGCACCGAAUACGGCGCCAGACUGAACCUGAUCGCCGACGAACUGGCCAACUUGGGCAAGGAGGUCGAGCGGGUCAGGAAGGCGAACAAGGAUGUCGGCUGGCGGCUCGAGAAAAAUCUGGCAGAGAGCGAAGGACUGACGGAGAAGGCUAAAGCCAAGUUUGACGUGACCGUCGAAGAACUCGAACGGGUUCUGAUGUCCCGACAGGCCGAAAACCCUACCGGUGCGCCCGGCACCGGUCCCGGUGGUUCCAGCAGCGCCGGCAUCUCAUCCAAUCCAUCCUCUUCGUCCAGUCAACCCAAAUCACAGGCCAAGGCAAUCGGCAAGGCUAUCUCAAAACUGGCCGCCAAAGGUACAAGAUCCGCCGGACACCUCGCCCGAUUGGAGGAUGAUGUGCGCAGUCGGAUGGGCACGGUGUCUGAUGCCUACCGAGCUCAGGUACUGGCUACUCAGCAGGUUCGACAGGAAUACUUCAACUUGCAGCUACCAAGGAUCUUAAGAACGCUCAAAGAACAUUCAGACGAAACCGACUUGGCGAUUCAAUAUUAUCUAGCAAACUAUUCGAGUUUAUCCGAAUCAUUACUCGUCAAUGAGGCAUUGUCAGUUUCAGCAUUACCAGCCGAACGGCGGAAAGGCUCGGUAGACGACUCAACUCCAAGUAUCAGCGUAGAGACAGAGAAUGCGGGUGGAUCAUCAAUGCCGUUGCCAUAUGGGCUAAAAGAUAUCGUCCAAUCUAUCGACAAUCGGGCAGACUUUAAAGAAUACAUGGCCAACUAUGCUGCCCAUUUUAAUCAAACUCAUCACGCCCAACUAAGCUCUCAAACCGGACUUCAUUCUCAAUCCUCAGUCGUCACUCAUCCUCCCCCACCCUCUCAAAACCCUGCGAUUUCCUCCUCAGGCCAAUCCGGAUCACUCGCUUUCAACCAACAGCAGCAGCAGCAACAACAACUACAGCUACAGCAAUCUAUGAAAGUCAGCAGUCAGCACACGGGAGAAUCCCCGCGAACCAGUAUUGGUUCCAACGUCUUGACAAUAGAGAACAAAAAGACGUUUGGCGUCGAUCUGGCUACCCAGAUGAUGAGAGAUGGGAUCGAAACUGUGCCCAAAGUGGUCGAGAAAUGCAUCGAAGCUAUCGAAAAAGCAGGCGGUAUCGACAUGGUUGGCAUUUAUCGUUUGUCUGGUACAACAUCUAAGAUUGGUAGAUUGAAACAGAGGUUCGACACAGAUAUUGACAAUGUCAAACUAGAAGUCGGGGACGAGAAUCAAUCAGAGAUUAAUGACAUCGCGGGAGCAAUGAAGCUGUGGUUUCGAGAACUACCGGAGCCGUUGCUAACAUGGAAUUUAUACGCCUCGUUCAUUGAAGCUGGCCGAAUCGAGAAUAACCGACUGAGACAUAUCAGGUUGCACGAACGAGUCAAUGAGCUACCUGAUCCGAACUAUGCGACCCUGAAAUACCUGAUGGGCCAUUUAGACAAGAUCCGAAGGAACGAAUCGCUGAAUUCGAUGGGGUCCUCUAACCUCGCGGUGAUCUUUGGACCGACACUGUUAUCGCCCCCACCGAUUAACUUUUACCAUCAUCAGCAUCACCAACUAGGCGGAGUCGAGUCGCUCCAAAAUAACAGUAGUAAUCAUAUCAACAAAAACAAUCCCUUGGGUAACUCGAUCAAUCACAAUGGGAUCAAUUCGGCCCUCUCAUCCGGCAAUAACGCCUUGCAAGAUAUGUCCGUCCAGUGCAAAGUUGUCGAAACUAUCCUGGAGCAUUAUCGAGAGAUUUUUGUGGAUGAAGGAGAAGAAGAGAACGAGGAUGAUGAUCUGACGAGUGGGACGGGCGGGACGGGCGGGGGAGUAGAAGUGAUGAGCGGCGGGACGAGUGUUGGGACGGGCGCAGGGGGGCCGAUGGGGAGCGGCACGGCGACGACGACGAGCGGGAGCAGCAACCAGAACCACUCCGGACACGUGACCCGAGCCUCUGAGCCGUCGAUCGACCUGUCCUCGGUCUCGCUCUCUCAGGAGGCCGCCAGGCUUAGUCGCACCGUCCUCUCUCCUGAUCAUCUCCCUUCGCUUCCUGAUGAACACCUCCCCGGCAACCCCUCUGGCUCCGACCACCCACCCGUCUAUAAAUAG